UGCCACCAGUAGAAAAAAUAUUGGUAAUGUCGGAUCAUAUUUUCUAGUUGAUGUCAGUUUUUAAAAAAGUAAUUUAAUCGUUGUCAAUCAUGAACAUUUUGGCUAGAAGUAUAACGAGUAUAGCUAGGUCUUGCCUAGGAAAUUCCAUCGAAGGCAGCAGGCCACAUUUAACGCAGUUAUACUUGAACCCUGGCAUUCAAGGAAGCCUAUUGAAUGCUGCAAGGUCUUGUCUUGGAAACAUAAUGCAAGGUUUCGAACAGAUAAGACUAGGGUCAUCGUUAUGGCAAAUGCACAGGAGAGGGAAAACUUACAAGAAGAGGAGAAACAAGAACCCACUGGACGGAAAGCCAUUCGCGAAAGGCGUGGUUCUCAGAACGGUUAUUAAAAAACCAAAGAAACCGAAUUCCGCGAAUCGAAAAUGCGUUGUCGUGCGACUCUCGACCGGCAGGGAAAUGACCGCCUACGUACCCGGGAUCGGCCACAAUCUCCAAGAACACAACGUGGUGCUAUGCAAACCGGGGAGGGUGAAAGACACCCCUGGUGUCAAGAUCAGAUGCGUUCGUGGGAAAUACGAUUUACCACACCCGUUGAAAAGAACCGAUUGAUCCCAUAGUUUAUCAGCAUUGAAAAUAUUGUAAUGCUAUGUUUGUAAAGCUAGAGUAAAUACUAUUGAAACACCA